AUGUUCGCGCGCACUGCUACAGCCAUCAUCGAGGCUCAGCGGCAUGUGGGUCUCAUAUACGGGAAGGCAUGGCUCUCAAAGGCAGAGCCAUACAUGCCGGCAGGCCUCGUCAUGCUGCAUGAUGCUACUGACUUCAUCUGA